AUGACUUACGAUUUUAGAUUUUCAACAACCACGGUUGACGAUGCCAUGAUGAGAAUCAUGCCCGAUGCAGCGCUCAAAAAUAUUGCAUGCGUUGAAGAGUAUCCCUCGGUCAGAAAGUUCCAGGAGCGCUGCGUGUCAAUCAUUGCGGAUCUCUGGAACUCCCCAACCUCUGAUCCAUUCGGUACUGCAACAACGGGCUCUUCCGAGGCUGUUAUGCUGGGUGGUCUUGCAAUGAAGAGCAAGUGGCAGCGCGAUAACCGGGAAAAUCCAGAACAACGACCAAACGUGAUUAUCGGUGAGAACGCGCACCUCUGUGUCAAGAAGUUUGCCGAUUACUUUGAUGUGGAAGCUCGAUUCAUUCCAGUAUCUGAAAGAACAAACUACUCGAUGAGCCCAGAGGCUGUGAGGAGACGUAUUGAUGGUGGUACCAUCGGUGUGUUUCUAACACUUGGGACGACCUACACUGGCCACUAUGACCCGAUCGAGCAAGUUUCCAACAUGCUCGACGAGUAUGAGCGCGAUACUGGAAUUGAUGUUCCCAUUCACAUUGAUGCUGCAAGUGGUGGAUUUGUUGCACCGUUUACCUCGAGCAAUGAAAGUUUCGUUUGGGACUUCCGUCUGCCACGCGUCAAGUCAAUCAAUGCAUCUGGUCACAAAUACGGACAAGCACUCUUGGCCGUCGGCUGGAUAGUCUGGCAGGGGCUCCUACUCGAGUCUUCGUACCUUCGCGGAACGCAAACUGCCUACACCCUCAGCUUUUCGAAGUCAAGUGCCCCGAUAGUCUCACAGUACUAUCAAUUUUAUCAGAAGGGUUUGGCCGGGUACCGCAGGCUGAUCAAUCGCUACCUUGACAUUGCGAAACUAUUGAGUCUGGAGUUGGAGAACACCGGAUACUUCGUCUGUUUGAGUGGUUCUACUGGACGUUCCAUCUGCCGCGAGGGAAAUCACAACAUGAAUCCCGGCAUUCCGCUUGUUGUGUUUACACUUUCUGAAGGUGCCAAGAAAGAUUAUCCUACGCUCGACAUGUCAGCUCUUAGCGACGCGGUACAUGAGAUGAAGUUUUCGAUUCCACAUUACACCAUUAAAGGAUGGGGAAAUGGUGGCUCGGAUGCCCAAGUAAUGAGAAUUGUCGUGCGCGAGGACCUCACUCUGGAGCUCAUGCAAAAAAUGAUGGAUGUGAUCGUUGAAUGUGUGAAGAAAUUGACAAGAGAAUAG